UUUAUCUCUGGUUCUCCUCCCUCCCUCGCUCAACAUCUUCCCCAUCCUGCACUUCCGGUUUGUUCCCAUCGUCGACGCCACUCCGCCGUACGUCAGAUAAGCAUACCGUCGAUCCGUCGAUCAGUCCAGCGUGGUGUCGACAUCGCCAUAGCUCGACCAAACACCGUUAUCGAGGAGGGCAUAGGACACCGAGCAGUACGACGUAUUCGGAAGGAAUAUACCUGUUAGCAUAAUGAACGUUUUGUUAUCGCCGCAGCCGCAACCGCCGUCUUUCUUCCCUCAUCAACACGAGACCAAUAGACGGUCGCCUACUCGCUCAAUUUCUCCAUUUCAUAACACUAUGGCUAGUAACCGAAAGCGAAAGGCCGAUGACGAUGGCGAUGAGAUGUCGGUCUCGCCCCUCAACUCCCCUGCUGCUCAAUCGCGACAGCUCGCGGCUAGACCAUCGAAGAAAGUCCGGGCAAAUGAACUAGCGGGACGGCCUCUAUCGCUCCCUCGACUCCUCGAGACCCUCGACAUCACGCAACUGCGAACUGUGCUACAGACAAUCUGCGAGCGACAAGCAGAAAUUGGAGAAGAGGUCGUCAAAAGCGCUCCAAAGCCCUCCGUCGACUGCGCCCUACAAGUGUUGAAGGAGUAUCAGGACAAACUACGAGAUGCGUUUCCCUACGGCGAUUCGAGUUCCGACUACACAUACUACCGGGUCAAACAUCAACUAAUGGCGCUGAUCGAUGCCCUUGCUGACUUCACACACCAAUUCCUUCCGCCUAACGAGACAAGCGCAAACCUCUCGCUACAAUAUCUAGAUGGCGCCACGAAGGUAGUACACAGCCUGCCUGACUGGGAAAGCCAAAGCCACCGACAUCAUAAAGAGAACGUCUACUACGAAAUAUCGCAAGCCUGGGCUCUGGUUAUCAAUGAAGCCUCCAAGAAAGGGGCCGGCUUCCUCUUACAUUCGGGUGGUUGGGACCAAAAGCUUGCUAAGCACAAUCAACAAUCGGGUGGCAGGUUAGGUGCUGCCAUCUCCUCUAUGGCCGCGAAUGUCGGAUGGGUCGGUGGAGGUUCAGGCAACACCGCCUCAAGUACGCCCGCCAACCAAAGCUCCAUUCUGGACCAGUUGAUGGCUGGCAAUUAUGGCGCGCCUGUUCCGGUCGGACGUUGGUAGAGACUGCCACCACCAGGGAGGAAGCAAGGCAAA